UAUACAUCCGGUAAAAUAUCUGGUUCUGUCUGCGACUGCACUGGUACAGUGCGUAUCUUCCUAGGAACAUGGCCGAUGAUUAGUUAAUGCUGGUGCUUAACCCGAUGAAUGAGUUAAAACUGUUUUGCUACAUGAGAAGGUACAAGAAAAAGGAGUUCAAACUUGGCAAGGUGGUUAGCUAGCUAGCUACCGUCGAUCGAGCAGAGGGGGUGUUGCUGGCUGGAGAAAAGGAAAACAACAUGGCGGCAUUAGAGCUCGAAUGGAUCCCAGAGACACUGUACAACACUGCUAUAUCAGCAGUGGUGGACAAUUACAGUCGAUCGCGAAGGGAUAUUCGUUCCCUCCCUGAGAAUAUUCAAUUUGAUGUGUAUUACAAGCUGUACCAGCAGGGUCGGCUCUGCCAGCUGGGAGGGGAGUUCUGUGAGCUGGAGGUGUUUGCCAAAGUUCUACGGGCAUCUGAUAAAAGACACCUCCUCCACCACUGCUUCCAGGCCCUGAUGGAUCAUGGGGUGAAAGUCGCCUCCGUCCUGGCCAACUCCUUCAGCCGCCGCUGCUCCUACAUUGCAGAGUCUGAUGCCCAUGUGAAAGAGAAGGCCAUUCAGUUUGGCUUUGUUUUAGGUGGCUUUCUGUCUGACGCAGGCUGGUAUGGUGAUGCAGAGAAGGUGUUUCUGUCAUGUCUGCAGCUGUGCACACUGCAUGAUGAGGUUCUGCACUGGUACCGUGCGGUGGAGUGCUGUGUCAGGUUGCUUCAUGUCCGGAAUGGCAACUGCAAGUACCAUCUUGGUGAAGAGACUGUCAAGUUGGCCCAGCUGUACAUGGACAAACUGGCCAAACAUGGUCAUCAGGCCAACAAAGCUGCACUCUAUGGAGAGCUGUGUGCUCUGCUCUUUGCUAAGAGCCACUAUGAUGAGGCCUACAGGUGGUGCAUAGAGGCAAUGAAAGAGAUCACAGUGGGUUUGCCUGUUAAGGUCGUGGUAGAUGUCCUAAGGCAGGCCUCCAAGGCCUGUGUGGUAAAGAGGGAGUUCAGGAAGGCAGAGCAGCUGAUAAAACAUGCUGUUUUCCUGGCACGUGAGCAUUUUGGACACAAGCAUCCCAAAUAUUCAGACACUCUCCUUGAUUAUGGGUUUUAUUUGCUGAAUGUGGAUAACAUCUGCCAAUCAGUUGCAAUAUACCAGACUGCUCUAGAUAUCCGGCAGUCGGUUUUCGGGGGAAAGAAUAUCCAUGUGGCCACAGCACACGAGGACCUGGCAUACUCCUCCUAUGUGCAUCUGUACAGCUCUGGCAAAUUUGACAACGCACUAUUCCAUGCAGAGCGGGCCAUAGACAUCAUCACUCACAUUCUCCCUGAGGAUCAUCUGCUGCUGGCCUCCUCCAAAAGAGUCAAAGCGCUGAUCCUGGAGGAGAUUGCUAUUGACUGCCACAACAAGGAGACAGAGGAGAGGCUGCUCCAGGAUGCCCAUGACCUCCACCUCUCCUCCCUCCAGCUGGCCAAGAAAGCCUUUGGGGAGUUCAAUGUUCAGACAGCGAAGCACUAUGGCAACCUGGGCCGCCUCUACCAGUCCAUGAGGAAGUUCAAGGAGGCAGAGGAGAUGCACAUCAAGGCCAUCCAGAUCAAGGAGCAGCUUCUGGGUCAGGAGGACUAUGAGGUGGCUCUGUCUGUGGGCCACCUGGCCUCUCUCUACAACUAUGACAUGAAUCAGUAUGAAGAUGCAGAGAGGCUCUACCUGCGCUCCAUUGCUAUCGGUAAGAAGCUGUUUGGCGAGGGCUACAGUGGACUGGAAUAUGACUACAGGGGCCUAAUUAAACUUUACAACUCUGUGGGGAACUAUGAGAAAGUCUUUGAGUACCACAAUAUUUUAUCCAAUUGGAACCGGCUGAGGGACCGGCAGUUUGCUGUGGCUGAUGCCUUGGAGGACGUCAAUACCAGCCCCCAGGCCACCGGGGAGGUGGUGCAGUCCUUCCUACGGUCACAGAACAAUGGGGCCGGCCCACCUGCUUAGGCUCACCACACAGACACACACAUGCCCACACACAUAGAAAUGCUAAAGGUGUUCACUGCUCACUUAAAUGUGUUGAACACACCCUCUCUCCACAUCAAGCUACAUGGUUGGCCUUGCAAUGGGACACCUGGCUAUGGGAAAAUGCACUAUAAUCUAGUCUUUUUGUCCUCACUUUCGCGCCCAACAGUGGGCAUUCUCCUGUGACCAACCCGGUAUUGAACAUUUGAUGGAAGGAACCUCUUGCCAUCCACUUUGCAUCACCUAACACCGCUUUCAUCACCUUCAGUCUUCUGUAAGAAGAAUUGAGAGAAGGGGGGAAAUAAAACAGACAUCAUAGUGUGUUCUAGCUAUAGAAUAGAAAUUGGUUUGUUUUUGGCUUCAUUUUUGGUCAGAGCUUGCCCUUUCAUUGACCAUUGGGAUGACCCCUACAAGCAUGGAUUGAGCACCUCUUGGCUUUUUGCUUUGGUCAAUUUUAAAAGAGACAGUUACUUUUUCUGGGUGGAAUCCUUAUUUUAUUGUUCUAAUGUCAUGAGGGAGUUUACAAAAGAGCUUUCAUCCAUGGACCAAAUCUUCAGUUCUUUCUUUUUGUAACACCUGUUUCUGUCUCAAUUUAAAGACGUUGGUGCAGUCUGUAUGCUUGUGCUUAAAGGUUGUCAGUGAUUUGAAGAAUUUGAAAUGCACCAGCAUGUGUAUUACAUUUUACCACAAUUGUGCUCAAUAGAUUUGUUGUUGGAGCACUGACGUGUAGUAUAUUUGAAAGUGUAUGUCAGUACCUUUUUGAGGAAUUAAAAUGCCAAGUAUUUAUAAGGAAUUUCAUAGAGCUAAACCAAAAACAAGUGAGCUUAAACCUGCUAUUCAGAUCACUCCCUCCUGGUGUUCCAGUGCAAACGCCCAGAAGGAGGUCCUCUAACCUCGUCCCCAGGCUAAUGAGCACAGUGCAUAUAAGCCUGGUACAUCAACGAUUCAAAGUUGGCCUUAGUGGGAGUGACCAUACUGAGUAAAGUAUUUGGCGUCAUUUAAUUUGAGCGAAUCACAUGACUGCGAGGCAUGGAUCUGUGCUUGUGGUAUGCUAGCGUACGGGGGAGGGUUAGGGGGAAGGUGUUGUGGGAGAUGAUUGGUUGGUAGAUUAAGCCUAUGUGUAUGGGAGUUUCUCCCAGGCAUUCUGUACUGGCUAACAAAGGCCAAGUUUGACCCGUUGGACUACCAGACUCUUCAGGCAUUUGGGCGGAGGUGUCUGGGAAUGAGAUUAGAGGUCCUCAAACACACCAUUAACAAUAUAAUAGGCCUUGUGUUUUCAUUUUAGAAACCAUUUGUUUAGUGAAGGAUUACCUAUUUCAAAGUAAAGUAGUAAGUACCCCAUUGUGUAUGGAGUAGGGUAAUGGAAAUUAUUGCCUUGCUUUUGAACAAAUGCAUGUCUGUAAUGUUACAUGUGCUGUUAUGUUUCAAACUGAAGUCCAAGCCUUGCCUUAAAGGACGAUCAGCCCAA